ACCGACUGUCUGCACCGCCAUCGCUGUACCAGCACAAUGAGCCAACCGUGGCUCUGCUCUGCAUUUUCCACAUAUAUCCCCAAAUUGAAACAUCAAAUACACACCAAUUCAGUAUAUCUCCAUUUUUAGCUGCCAAUAUUUCUUUUAUUCAAUAAUUUGUCUUAUUCUUAUUUUUAGGGAUCCCCCCCAUGAAACACCGGCACGUCCCGCAAAGCCUGGGCACGGUAGCCCCACGGCCAACCCACUCGUAACGGCCAAAGUGUCCUCACGCAGCGUGACGACAUGCCUCCUGACGCCCACCACCAGCAAGCUAGCUAGCUACUCCUCCAACAACAUCACCACAACCACACUUUGUCACCAGCAACGCCAAUUUGCCCGCUGCCCGUCAUGAAGUUGUUUACCGGCGUAUCUGCGCCUCUGUUGGCCGCCCUGCUCGGCGCCAGCGUGUCCCACGCCCAGUUCCUCAUCAACGAGCUCUCCUUUGGCAUCGGCAGCCGCAUCGGCGACCCUCACUCCCCCGACCACAUCCCCCACUACAUUGCCGCCGGCUCGCCCACCCGCCCCGACAUCCUCUCCAACAAGGUCAUCCUCACACCCGUGGCGCCCGGAAACCAGCGCGGCUCGCUCUGGGGCGAGCGCACACUGCAGCGCAAAGACUGGGUAGCCGAUGUCGAGUUCCGCGCGUCCGGCCCCGAGCGCGCCGGCGGCAACCUAAACAUCUGGCUCGCCAAGGACGGCAAGGCCAUGAUUGGCGCUAACAGCGUGUACACGAUCUCCAAGUUUGAGGGUCUCGUGCUCGUGGUCGACCAGCACGGCAACUCGGGAGGCAUGCUGCGCGGCUUCCUCAACGACGGCUCCAUUGACUUUUCGCGGUCCUCGGGCGUCGACAGCCUCGCGUUUGGCCACUGCAUGUUUCCCUACCGCAACCUGGGCCGCCCCUCGCAGAUCAAGUUCCAGCAGAGCACGCACGGGCUGCGCGUCGAGGUCGACGGCAAGCUGUGCUUUGAGAGCGACCGCAUUGUCAUCCCCGAGGGCUACACGUUUGGUCUGACGGCCGCCACGCCCGAGAACCCAGACUCCUUUGAGAUCUUCAAGCUCGCCGUCAUGUCCGACUCGGUCGACCCCCGCCAGAUGGACCACCACGACCCCAGCAUCAACAACGAGUACGCUGGCAACUCGCACAACAACGAGCACGAACACCACGAGUCGCGCAGCGAGAACCACAACCAGGCGGUCGACGAUGCUGCGUUCCGCGACGCCCCCAAGGAUGAGGACGCCGACGUCUUCAAGACGUCCAAGGCGCAGUUCCACGACCUGCACAACCGCAUGCAGUCCACGACGCACCAGCUGUCUGCCAUCUUCCGCGCUAUCACUGUCGCUCAGGAUACCAUAAACAUGCAAAACACAGAUACGCGGGAUCUGAUGCAAGGCAUCCGAACCGAUCUUAAUGCCAAGAUGGACCAGAUUGCCGCCAUGGAGCGCAAGAUUGCCGACCUCCAGCACAACUUUAACCAGAUGCGCGACGACCUCAUCGACCGCAUCCGCUCGACUGACAACUCGGUCCGAGGUCAGCUGUCCGACCACCACCGCACGCUGUCGCAGACUGUCUCUGACAACGUCCCCGGCCACGGGCGCCUCAUCUUUAUCAUUAUCGGCUUCCAGGUUGUCCUGGCCGUCGGCUACGUCAUGUACAAGCGCCGCAAGACGUCCCCCAAGAAGUACUUGUAAAUGGAGUAAAAAGUUGUUCUUCUUGUUUUUUUUCUUUAUUCCCUCAUCCCCGGAGUCUAGGCAUCGUUUUUUCUUGUAUAAGUAUAUAAAUGAAGAUUAAAGACGUUAACCAAUUUUUAUUUCCCUUGCCAGUGGUGACAAACUAUGCCCAUGUAUGUCCUCGUAUGCUUAUCAUACAACAUCAAUUUCUACAUACGUGCUACCCGUGCGAUCACUUACGCACCGUUAAUCACCGCCAGCAAGUCUGCCUCCUUGGGCGCCACAGACAGAUUCUCAUGUCCGCUGUCCGUCACCAAGAUGCAGUCCUCUGUUCUAGCACCUCCAACGGGAUAGUACUUUUCGAGCACAUCCCAGUCAAUCAGGUCUGCAUGGACCUCGCUGUCCCUGUAAAAGCCCUCAAGAUACUCUCUGCAAAAGUAGAUACCGGGCUCGACCGUCACCACCAUACCAGGCUGCAGCGGUCCUCUACCGCCCUGCAUCUUCUCGGUGCCCAUUGCCGCCAGCAUCUCUGAAGACACAAAGUGCCUCUUUCCAAACUCGAGGCCAACGCCGCGCUUCACACCCAGCGGCAGCGUCGCAAUCAAAUCGUGCACGUCCAGGCCAACAUUAUGUCCCAAACCAUGGGGGAAGAAAGCAGCCGCCGUGCCGGCCUUUUCAAUAUCUGCCAGCGAGCCACGCAACACCCAUGAACAUGGCCUCCAUGUGUCUCUCGUUGGUCAUCUUGAGAAAGUUGCGAGCCACGCGCAAGUGGGCUUCGCUCGAGAUGUCGUUGGCGCGGCGGAUCAUGGCGAUUUCGUACUCGUCCUUGACAAUGCGGGCCUGGUCGAUGGCGGGCAGGAGAUCCGUCAUGUUGACGGUAGAGCGGCCGAGGGGGACACCAGCAGGCAUGUGGGAUUCGCGGAGGACAUAGAGCGUGCGGCUACCCAGGUGCGUGGUAAAGUAGCUUGCCAGCUGCUCGUUGUAGCGCGCAUCAUCGACAUCGUAGGUCCGAAGGGCGACCGGGGCGGUCGGGUGCUUGCCGAACCAGAGGAUCUGGC